CCAGUGCAACCAUCUAUACAAGUACGAGUACCAGUGCAACCAUCUAUACGAGUACCAGUGCAACCAUCUGUACAAGUACGAGUACUAGUGCAACCAUCUGUACAAGUACGAGUACUAGUGCAACCAUCUAUACGAGUACCAGUGCAACCAUCUAUACAAGUACGAGUACCAGUGCAACCAUCUAUACAAGUACGAGUACCAGUGCAACCAUCUAUACAAGUACGAGUACUAGUGCAACCAUCUAUACGAGUACUAGUGCAACCAUCUAUACGAGUACCAGUGCCAUCUAUACGAGUACGAGUACUAGUGCAACCAUCUAUACGAGUACCAGUGCAACCAUCUAUACAAGUACGAGUACUAGUGCAACCAUCUAUACGAGUACCAGUGCCAUCUAUACGAGUAUGAGUACUAGUGCAACCAUCUAUACAAGUACGAGUACUAGUGCAACCAUCUAUACGAGUACUAGUGCAACCAUCUAUACAAGUACGAGUACUAGUGCAACCAUCUAUACGAGUACUAGUGCAACCAUCUAUACAAGUACGAGUACUAGUGCAACCAUCUAUACGAGUACCAGUGCCAUCUAUACGAGUACCAGUGCCAUCUAUACAAGUACGAGUACUAGUGCAACCAUCUAUACAAGUACGAGUACUAGUGCAACCAUCUAUACGAGUACUAGUGCAACCAUCUAUACAAGUACGAGUACUAGUGCAACCAUCUAUACGAGUACCAGUGCAACCAUCUAUACAAGUACGAGUACUAGUGCAACCAUCUAUAUGAGUACCAGUGCAACCAUCUAUACGAGUACCAGUGCAACCAUCUAUACAAGUACGAGUACUACUGCAACCAUCUAUACGAGUACCAGUGCAACCAUCUAUACAAGUACGAGUACUAGUGCAACCAUCUAUACGAGUACCAGUGCAACCAUCUAUACAAGUACGAGUACUAGUGCAACCAUCUAUACCAGUACCAGUGCAACCAUCUAUACAAGUACGAGUACCAGUGCAACCAUCUAUACAAGUACGAGUACUAGUGCAACCAUCUAUACCAGUACCAGUGCAACCAUCUAUACAAGUACGAGUACCAGUGCAACCAUCUAUACAAGUACGAGUACUAUUGCAACCAUCUAUACGAGUACUAGUGCAACCAUCUAUACGAGUACCAGUGCCAUCUAUACGAGUACGAGUACUAGUGCAACCAUCUAUACGAGUACCAGUGCAACCAUCUAUACAAGUACGAGUACUAGUGCAACCAUCUAUACGAGUACUAGUGCAACCAUCUAUACGAGUACUAGUGCAACCAUCUAUACGAGUACCAGUGCCAUCUAUACGAGUACGAGUACUAGUGCAACCAUCUAUACGAGUACCAGUGCAACCAUCUAUACAAGUACGAGUACUAGUGCAACCAUCUAUACAAGUACGAGUACUAGUGCAACCAUCUAUACGAGUACCAGUGCAACCAUCUAUACGAGUACCAGUGCAACCAUCUAUACAAGUACGAGUACUAGUGCAACCAUCUAUACGAGUACCAGUGCAACCAUCUAUACAAGUACGAGUACUAGUGCAACCAUCUAUACGAGUACUAGUGCAACCAUCUAA